CUGGUCCAACAGGAAGCAGUUCAUCUGCCGGGCUCUUCCCUAGUCCGUUCUUCCGGUAGCGUGCUCGUCUCCUCAACAUAUCCUAUCAUCAUGGCGUCUAUGUCGAUGGCUCCCGUCAGCAUCUUCAGGCACGGUGCAGAUGAGGAAAAGGCAGAGACAGCGCGUCUGUCGUCCUUCAUCGGUGCCAUCGCUAUCGGAGAUCUGGUGAAGAGCACUCUGGGACCAAAAGGAAUGGACAAGAUCCUGCUGGGCGGUGGGAAGGACAGUAGCGUGACGGUCACCAACGAUGGAGCCACCAUCCUGAAGGCCAUCGGUGUCGACAACCCCGCCGCUAAAGUGCUCGUGGACAUGUCUAAGGUUCAGGAUGACGAGGUCGGUGACGGGACGACGUCUGUCACAGUUCUGGCGGCUGAGCUGCUGCGGGAAGCCGAGCUGCUGAUCGCCAAGAAGAUCCAUCCUCAGAUCAUCAUCGCGGGCUGGAGGAAGGCCACUCAGGCGGCGCGUGACGCUCUCAGAGAGGCGGCGGUGGAUCAUGGGAGCGACGAGCUGAAGUUCCAGGUGGAUCUGAUGAACAUCGCACGCACCACACUCUCCUCCAAGCUGCUGACGCACCACAAGGAACACUUCGCCAAGCUGGCGGUGGAGGCCGUGCUCAGACUCAAGGGAUCUGGCAACCUGGAGGCCAUUCACGUCAUCAAGAAGCUGGGCGGCAGCCUCACCGACUCAUACCUGGAUGAAGGUUUUCUGCUGGACAAGAGGAUCGGUGUGAACCAGCCCAAGAGGAUCGAGAACGCCAACAUCCUCAUCGCCAACACCGGCAUGGACACAGACAAGAUCAAGAUCUUCGGCUCCAGAGUGCGCGUGGACUCCACCGCCAAAGUGGCUGAGAUCGAAAUGGCCGAGAAGGAGAAGAUGAAGGAGAAGGUGGAGCGCAUCCUCAAACACGGCAUCAACUGCUUCAUCAACAGGCAACUGAUCUAUAACUACCCUGAGCAGCUGUUUGCAGCCGCUGGUGUGAUGGCCAUCGAACACGCAGAUUUCGUGGGAGUCGAGCGCUUGGCUCUCGUCACAGGUGGUGAGAUCACCUCGACCUUUGACCAUCCUGAGCUGGUGAAGAUCGGCCACUGUAAGCUGAUAGAGGAGGUGAUGAUCGGAGAGGACACUCUCAUACACUUCUCUGGAGUGGACAUGGGUGAGGCCUGCACCAUCGUCCUGCGUGGGGCGACACAGCAAAUCCUGGAUGAGGCCGAGCGCUCCCUCCACGACGCCCUGUGUGUGCUGGCGCAGACCGUCAAAGAGACACGCACUGUGUACGGCGGAGGCUGCUCGGAGAUGCUGAUGGCUAAAGCCGUGUCAGAUCUGGCCAACCGCACGCCGGGAAAAGAGGCCGUGGCCAUGGAGUCCUUCGCUAAAGCGCUGAGGAUGCUGCCCACCAUCAUCGCUGAUAACGCGGGAUACGACAGCGCAGAGCUGGUGUCUCAGCUGAGAGCCGCACACCAGGACAACAAGAGCACCUUCGGCCUGGACAUGACCCAGGGUGCGGUGGGAGACAUGGCCACUCUGGGCAUCACCGAGAGCUUCCAGGUGAAGAGGCAGGUGCUGCUGAGUGCAGCCGAGGCGGCCGAGAUGAUCCUGCGCGUCGACAAUAUCAUCAAAGCUGCUCCCAGGAAGCGUGUGCCGGAUCAUCACCCCUGCUAAACACCCUUACAGCCCGUGUAUUUAUUGACAGGAAUGUGAUGCUCUUUGUUUCAUAGUUUAUGUAGUCGCACUUCCCAAGCGUCGGUUGUGUCUGAACGUUACUGCUUUACACAAUGACCUUUGACCUUUUGUUUACUCAAUAAACUGUCAUGACUGA